AUGUCGGUGACAAGGACUGGCAGAAUCUACAACCUAGGAGAAUCGGCGAACGAAACAGAACAAGACGUGGAGAGUGACCAAGCUGUAAUAACGAUGGCAGAGACAGGAACUGGAGUGACUGAACUUCUACAGAUGCUGCUGGAAGAUCGCCGGAGCCGUGACGAGGCAGAAACGGAAAGGGCCAGAGCAAGAGAAGAAGAGAACAGACAACGAGAGCGAGAACGAGCAGAAGAACAGGAACGUAGAGAGAGAGAAAGUGAACAAAGAAUGCAAAUGAUGCAAAGUCAGGUGGAGAUGAUGAGAAACUGGAUGGACCUAAAUCAGAGUCGAGAGGAGAUCAAGGCGAAACGAGCGGAAGAUCUACGACAUUUGAACCUAGCCAAACUCACGGAAAAAGAAGACAUUGAGGCAUACUUGACUACGUUUGAGCGACUGAUGACAGCCUUUGAAGUGAAAGAAGAGCACUGGGCCCAUAAGUUAGCGCCACAACUUAUGGGGAGAGCCCAGCAGGCCUUUGCUGCAAUGGAUGUAGAGAAAGCUAAGAACUAUGAGGACGUGAAAAGAGCUAUACUGCAACGCUAUGAUAUUAGCGAAGAAACGUACCGCAAACGCUUCCGAACUACGAAGAAGGCCGAAGGGGAGGCGUACCUGGAGCUCGCAACAAAACUGAGAGACCUCCUGGAGAAAUGGACAGCAGGCUGCACCACGAUGGAAGCACUCAAGGAGAAAAUUGUAGUGGAGCAACUGAUGGAGGGGAUGCCUAGAGACCUGAGAAUUUGGUUGGGCGACCGAAAGCCCACUACCGGAGAAGAAGCGGGAAGACUGGCCGACAGCUAUGUUCAUUCCCGUCAACUUGAUCCUAAGGAGUUACCGCCACGAGAGACUCGUCGGCCCAGCAGUGAGAGCGGAGCAACCAAAACGUGCCACUACUGCAAGAUAAAGGGCCAUAUUGCCAAAGACUGUAGGAAGGCUAUGGCUGAUCGAAGGACAGAGAAAGGACGAAGGGAGGCCAACAAAACAAAGAUGGAAUGGAACAAAAUCAAAUGCUACAACUGCCAAGAGACCGGACAUAUUGCCGCAAAUUGCCCUAGCAAGUCAAAUCUAUUCACAGAAGAAACUGAAUUGGUGUACAUGAAUGAGGACAAGUUGGAGAAGAAAAUCAACCCCCAGAUUACACGAUCCGGCACAGUGGAGGGAAAAGCAGUAGACGAGAUUGUCCUUGACACCGGUUGUGCCCGUUCAAUGGUGAGAAGUGAUCUGCUACCACAGAAGAAGCAACUAGGACGAGUUCGCAUCCGAUGUGCUCACGGAGACGUUCGAGAAUAUCCACUCGUAAGUGUAGAAAUUGGCCUCGGAGAAGAAAGACACCAAAUCGAAGCAGCAAUUUCAAAGACCCUCCCAGUACCAGUGCUACUCGGACGAGAUGUGGCAGACCUACUCGAAAUGUUACAGAAUAAGGAAGGGACAGUUCGGACUGAAGAAGCCCUUGCCGUAAUGACCAGAGCCCAGGCCAAGAAAAACGAAGAAGAAAGAGUGGAACUGGAGAAGAUACAACAACAGGAGGGAAUCAAACAGCCUACUACCACGUCCGACACAUCCACUGAUGAGAUGCCUGAUGACCAAGUGGCCAAGAUGGUUCCAAACACUCCCAACACUCCUGAUGACCAACAAGCCGAGAUGCUAACGGACUUGGACGUAACCGAUGACCAAAUUGCUGAGAUGCCACUUGGCGCAGAGAUGGACCCAGAUCUUUUUCUCGAAGUAAAGAAACACCAGCAACUAACUAGGAGAGAGAAGAGGCAGCAGAGGCGUGAAGUGGCUCAAAACAAGCAGACACACCCCUUGGACCUGUCCCCCAUUGAGUUGCGACGAAUGCAGCAAGAAGAUGUCACGCUUAAAGGUAUUCGAGAAGCAAUGAACGGUGCUACUGGAGCCAGCAAGAUGGUCUUUCACGAAGAAAAUGGACUGAUUUACCGUCAAUGGAUCUCACCCCAUGGCGAAGACAGCAGCCCGAUACAGCAGUUGGUGCUACCAGAGUCGUGCCGUAGCCUAGUGAUGUCCCUUGCUCACCAUAUUCCAAUGGCUGGCCACAUGGGGCAGCGAAAGACCGUAGAACGGAUUCUCCAGCGGUUCUAUUGGCCGACAGUAUUCGAAGAUGUGAAGAAGCUAUGCCAAUCGUGCGAAGAGUGUCAGAGGACAUCAAAGGGGAAAAAGCAGCGUGUACCAAUGAUUCCCCUACCCAUCAUUCGAGAGCCGUUUGAACGUAUUGCUAUGGAUAUCGUGGGUCCUCUUCCUCGUAGCCGCACGGGAAACCGCUACAUCCUGGUGAUUUGCGACUAUAGUACAAGGUACCCAGAAGCUGUCCCCCUACGAACCAUAGAUGCUGAGCACGUAGCCAAGGAGCUGAUAAUGUUUUUCUCAAGAGUAGGCAUACCCCGAGAGAUCCUGACUGAUCAAGGAGCUAAUUUCACAUCUGGAUUGCUAGCAGAGCUCUACCGCUUGUUGAAGAUACAGCCGAUCCAGACCAGCCCUUACCACCCUCAAACGGACGGAUUAGUAGAACGUUUCAAUCAAACCUUGAAGUCCAUGCUUCGCAAAACCGCCAAUGAAGAAGGAAAAGACUGGGACCAACUAAUUCCGUAUUUGCUGUUUGCCUACCGUGAAGUACCCCAGUCAUCAACCGGAUUUUCUCCCUUUGAACUAAUGUAUGGAAGGCAGGUGCGAGGACCUCUUGAUGUGCUCAAAGAAUCGUGGGAAUCUAGCAAGAAAUCUACAGAGUGUCGUUUCUUAUGUCCUGACGAUUCAAGAAAAACUCGCCAAGAUGUCGGAGCUAGCUUGUGAGAAUCUGAAGAAGGCCCAAACAACCCAAAAGAAGUGGUAUGAUCGAAAUGCACGAGAGAGGCAGCUGCAGGUAGAGGACAACGUACUAGUCCUUCUACCUUCCUCGACCAACAAACUCCUAGCGAAGUGGCAAGGUCCCU